AUGGAAUCGGUGGCCAUGGUGGUUCUCUCGAAGCUUAGUUUUGUUCUCUCUUUCUUAGAGAAUCGAGCAGUUUUCGUUUUGUUCCUUGAAAGAAAGUAUGAAAAUGCUGAUGCUAGGGCUCCAAGUAAACUAAGCAAUAGUGGGAGAGAGAGCAAUGGAGCACAGUGGCCCUAUCGUCGUGGUCAACACGAAAAGAGCCCACCAGUUUCUACUACAGUUGUGGAACCUUACAAUAGCGUGCACUCAACUUAUUCUCUCUCCUUAAACACAGAUGUCGUUGUGUUUCUUGACAAUGAAGCUAUAUACGAUAUCUGUAGGAGAUCCUUGGACAUUAUGUGCCCUACAGGUUUCAAGUGUGGUAUCAACUAUCAGCCACCCACAGUGGUACCAAGGGGUGAUCUUGCUAAGGUAUAA